GGCCAUUUCUCCUCGUCCGUGCGACUUUCCACCGGCGGGUGCAGCGCUCGCGCCCGGGCUCCGGCAGUGCCCCUCCAGGAGUGGGAGACCGCGGCACCGCAGCCAUGACUGAGGCCGAUGUGAAUCCGAAGGCCUACCCCCUCGCUGAUGCCCACCUCACCAAGAAACUACUGGAUCUUGUUCAGCAGUCGUGUAACUACAAGCAGCUUCGGAAAGGAGCCAACGAGGCCACCAAAACGCUCAACCGAGGUAUCUCGGAGUUCAUUGUCAUGGCUGCCGACGCUGAGCCCCUAGAGAUCAUCCUGCACCUCCCGCUGCUGUGUGAAGACAAAAAUGUGCCCUAUGUGUUUGUGCGCUCCAAGCAGGCCCUGGGGCGGGCCUGCGGGGUCUCCCGGCCCGUCAUCGCCUGCUCUGUGACCAUCAAAGAGGGCUCGCAGCUGAAGCAGCAGAUCCAGUCCAUUCAGCAGUCCAUUGAAAGGCUCUUAGUCUAAACCCGUGGCCGCUGACUCCUGCCCUGAGGUCGUGUAUCAUAUUGUCUGUGUUAGCAUGUGGUGUUUUCCACUACCUUCCGUUGUUAUAAAAUAUUGUAGUACGGAAGCCUGUUUCUGCAUUUUUGUAUUGUUUUCAGGUCUCUUCUCCCGCCCUCCUAACCCCCUCUCUGCCACAUUUUUCUCCCUUAUGCAAGUGAACCAAUGCCAAAACAGGUGGAAGCAGGGUGGUGAUGCUAGUGAAGGGCAGGAAGCGCCAGGAGAUCAGGGUCCAGCUUUCAGGCCCUCACUGCCUGCUGUGUGCGGGACUUGGUGGAGGUAGAUAAAGGGCCAGGGGGCCACGUCUCACCCAGGAGGCAGUACGUGUUCUGGGAGGUUGUUUGUGUACGUCCUGGUGUCGUUUGCUAACGUGUCCCCGCUGUGCAGUGUCCUACAGGACGUUAGAUGCCAUCAUGUGGCCGGGGCGAGUGGGGUGGUUGACCUAGGCCUCAGAUGUUAAGAGGGACAAGAGCAGAGUCAGCUGGUGCUGGUGCUGGUUCUGGGCAAGUCAGAGACCUGCGUGGAAGCCACAGCAGAGUUGAUGGAAUCCGAGGGAAUGUCCUCUUUGGUGAAUACUUUCCUCAGUGGACACUGGUGCCAGCACUGAGAGCCCUUCCCUGUGUCCUGCCACCAUGGGUGUCAGAGAUAUGGAUCCUGGCCACCACAGAUGACAGUGUACUGUGCUGUUACGAUAUGAGAGUCCUAAUAAAGAAUAUAUUCAUA